AAAGACAAUGUGGUCACAACUAUUAGUUCGUCCUCCAUCCUGCACACGAACGCCACCGCAAAUGGAGCAACGGAUGGCCAACAGCAGCAACAGCAGCCCCAAUAUCAUUAUAUAACCACAACUGGAGAGGAUGGCCAGACGCCGACGACCAUAGUCUUUGAGAACUAUAACGGAGGUUUGCCCGCGACGGCGGUUAGCGCCGCCGCAGUGACCCCUGUCGUUAGCAGCAUCGAUGUUGGCAGCGGUGGUGCUGGUGGCGGUGGCGGUGGCACAGUGCCAGCAACGACAACAACAACAACAGCGCUGGUGAAUACGGAUGGCACAAUUAUUGAGUUCGACGGCAGCACCUACGAGGAGUAUCAUGUGCUGAAAAGCGAGAAUGGAAGCAGCGAUUGCCUGAGCAACGGCAGCAGCGCCGUGGCGGCGGACAUUAUAAAGUACGAGCCACAGCAUGUGGGUGACGAUGAGGAGCUGUUGGGCGAGGGUGAGGAGAGUGGACUGCAAGUUAAAUAUGAGGAGCAGAGCCUGGAGCAUGAACAUGAUUUCGAGGAAUAUCAUGUGAUUAAAUCGGAAGUGGAGGCCGAGGCAGCGGAACAGGCGGCUGGCACCAUCAGCUACACCAUCACCAGCCACGACGACCAGCACCAACAACAGCAAGAGCAGCAACAACAACAGCAACAGCAACCACAACAGACCAUCAAUGAUGCGAUACCCGGCAUGCUCUCGAAAGCGGCGGCGGCCAAGCAGAAACGUAAACGCAAGACGCGCGUCAUUGCGGAGGAUGAGCAGGGCGAGUAUCUGGAGAAGAUGAGCGUGCGCGGCCUGGACAUAGCGCGCUACGAGCACAUUAUCGAUGGUGUCGCCUAUUGCCUGGUCUGUGCCAAGAACGACAUCUUCAAGACGUUCAAGAACAAGUACAGUUUCCAGCGGCAUGCGUAUCUCUUCCAUGAGGGUCAGAACCGCAAGAUAUUCGCCUGUCCCAUAUGCAACAAGGAAUUCUCGCGGCCGGAUAAAAUGAAAAUGCACAAGAAGGAUAAGCACGGGGAUGUGCCCAUGCCGCCCUCAUCAGCGUCGAGCACGCCACAAAAAUCUGAUGCGACGGGCACGCCGGCGGCCAAGCGUGCGCGGACCACACGAACGCCGCGCGUGCGCAAGCUGAAGGCGGGUGAUGCGGCCACGCCUGCCAAGAAGCGUUUGGCCCAAAUCGACAGCGUGCUGGAUGAGGUGCAGAAUGCCGAGGCGGAGCAGCAACAACAACAGCAGCAGCAGCAGCAACAACACCAACAACAGCAACAACUACAGCAACAGCAAACGACAACCGCAGCGCCGCAGCAGCAGCAGCAGCUGCAAACGCUGCCCUCGCUGGACUUUAGCGGCAUGAUACUGCCGGGCGGAGCACAGCUGGCGUUGGCCAAUCCCGGCGCCAGCAGCUCGAUGACGCUGCAACGCGGCCAGGCAACGCCCACGCAGAGCGCACAGCCAACGACAACGACGCUCAUCUAUUCGAAUCAGCUGGAGUUGCAGCAGGCGUUGCUGCAGCAACAGCUGCACGGUCAGAGCAUUAUGAUACAGGAUCAGGCGGGCAAUCUGGUGCCGUUGCAGCUGGAUGGCACCCAAACCAUCUACACAACGGCGCCAGCGCCGCAGCGUGCGCAGGCGACAACGUAUCAAACCACAACGCAGCAGCAGCUUCAACAGCAGCAGCAGCAACAGCAGCAUGAACAGCAGCAGCAGCAGCAGCAGGUGGCCACCAGUCAGGCGCAAGCGCAGUCCACACACUACGAUCUGGACAACGUGACCUACCUCAGUUCGACGGCAGCGGCCACGCCCACACUGCCCAACGAGCAACAGCAGCAGCAGCAACAUGUCAUUGGCACUGUGCAAAGCUAUCAGAUACUCACGCCCGACGGGCUGCAAAGCUUUCAGCCCAAGCUGGAGGCCACGGAACUGGGUGAUCUCUGUCCGUACACCAUGAGCGCGACGGGGGCGCCACAAUACACAUUCACCACGCACGCCAGCGCGCAGCCCACGCUGAAUGCGAACGCGCUGGACGCCCAAACCCAACAGCAUCACCAGCAGCAGCAGCAGCAGCAACAGCAGCAGCAACAGCAAUCGCAGCAUUUGCUGCAACAGCAUCAAUUUGGCCACAAUCCGCAUCAUCAGUUUAUGGAGCUGAAGAAUGAGCUGCUGAUAAAGAGCAGCGAUGCGUAUACGCUGGAUGCCGCCUCCAUGUACCACCUGCCCUUCUCGCCGACAUCGAUGAUAAACGCGGUUAACGAUGUAAACAACUCGUCGCUGCUGGAGACCAAAGAAAUUAGGUAA